AUGGCGAAACGCUCCCGGAGCCACUCUUGCUCUUUAUCAGAGUUAGAAUCACAGGGAAACUCUCCAGACGACCCAGAAACCACAGCGCCACCCUUGCAAAGGACAACUGUAGCGAGUGACUCCAACCCCGUCGCUGAGGUCAUGCAUUGUGCGUUACCGCCACAUCGAGAAACUCUCGCUUUUGCUUCCUACGAGGAUUAUGAGGUCCAUUACCUUCAAGCGCAUGUCAAUCGUUGUUCUCAGUGCAGCAAGAACUUUCCUACUGCACAUUUCCUAAAUCUUCAUAUUGAAGAGAACCAUGAUCCUCUUGCGGCCGCUCGCAGGGAACGCGGUGACAAAACUAGCUACAAUUUUUAUAUUAUCAAUGACGGACUUGAUAAGCAGACUUCAUUGCUAAAAUCAAUGAAUAGCGACCGCACCCGCAGGCGCAUCUCCAGAACGUCAAUCUCAUCUGUUAACGAGGGGAGACUUCGUCGACGCAGCUCGGUAUCGCAAGCAAAUCCUCCUGCCGCUUCCAAUGAUGUGCAGGAAACACAGCCCAAGCCUAAAGCCACGGAUGAUAUGGAGAUUGAUAGUCUGGAGCGAUCCAUGUCAGCGCUUCGCUUUUUGCCGGCCAGUGUGACAAAGAACUGGACAAAAGCAUCCCAUUCUAAUUCCUGA